UCGUAAAAACGCUUAGUUCAAAUUUAAAACUCGCCCCCACAGGAUCGGGACUAGCAAUAGAAAACACGUUGAUCUUCAAAGUCUGUGCAAUCCGUGCAAUCGGAAUAAACAAUUGCUGUCAAUUAGACAAAUGGAUAACCUUUGGAUUAAACGCUGCAAUACGAUUUGGAGUUAAAUGAAAAUAUCAUUACAUGUACUAAAUGAGUGAACAGCUGUGUGAAUAAGUGUAAUCGAGUUAAAUGAGCGAACAAACUACUAGUUAGUGCCACCUUUCGUCAAGCGGUCGAUUGGAUAAAUAAUUUCAUAAUUUUCUUCAGCGUUCAGUAGUGCAGCAGCAAUCUCAAAUAGGUCAUGCUUGUAGAUUAUGACACACUUCUAUUAAUCACUACACUAGCAGCAUGUAUCACAAGCACCGCCGGACAGCAUUACCAAACCAGCCUCACCUUCAACGACAUCCUCCCGGAGGAUCCAAAGCUGUAUGAUAAAAUGCGUCCUCCCAAGAAGGACGGUCAACCGACGACGGUGUUCUUCCACGUGACGGUCAUGGGGCUCGACUCGAUCGACGAAACCUCGAUGACGUACGCAGCGGACAUCUUCUUCGCCCAGACCUGGAAGGAUCAUCGGUUGCGGCUGCCGGAGAAUAUGACCUCCGAGUAUCGGCUGCUGGAGGUCGAAUGGCUGAAAAAUAUGUGGCGACCGGACUCGUUUUUCAAGAACGCGAAGUCGGUUACGUUCCAGACCAUGACCAUUCCAAACCAUUACAUGUGGCUCUACAAGGACAAAACAAUUCUGUACAUGGUUAAGCUGACACUGCGGCUGUCGUGUGCGAUGAAUUUCUUGAUCUACCCACAUGACACGCAGGAGUGCAAAUUGCAGAUGGAAAGUUUAUCGCACACAACGGACGAUCUAAUUUUCCAGUGGGACACCGACGUACCUCUCGUUGUGGAUGAAAACAUAGAGCUGCCUCAGCUGGCACUGGUUAAAAACAACACUGCGGACUGUACCCAGGUGUACUCAACGGGAAACUUCACCUGUUUGGAGGUAAUAUUCGUGCUCAAACGGCGACUGGGAUACUAUUUGUUCCACACCUAUAUUCCCACGUGCUUAAUUGUGAUCAUGUCGUGGGUAUCAUUCUGGAUCAAACCGGAAGCCGCACCAGCCCGGGUAACACUGGGAGUAACCUCGCUGCUAACACUUUCCACGCAACACGCAAAGUCUCAGGCGUCAUUACCACCGGUGUCCUACCUUAAAGCCGUUGACGCAUUCAUGUCCGUCUGUACUGUGUUCGUGUUCAUGGCCCUGAUGGAGUACUGCUUGGUCAACAUUGUCCUCGGUGAUUCUGGGCCACCAAAGCCAGAACCACCACCCCCGAAGUUGGAUCGAUUCUUCGAUUUCUCCAUAAAGAACGGCAAACGGAGCAGUAAAACAAUGGAGCACAACGAAGCACCCAGGGUCAAUACCUUUCAAAGACAGGAAAGCACCAUGCUACUCUCACCCGUACCACACAUUCAAACGAUUCCUCCACCACCGAGUAAACCAGCGUCCGCCAUUCCUAAACUGACUCCGGCUCAAAUACGCCUGACACGAGCCAUCAACGUCGAUCGCUUCUCCCGGGUCUUUUUUCCCCUACUGUUCACGGUGCUCAAUGCAGCGUAUUGGAUCAUGUUUUACGAGUACAUUUAAGCAGUUUAUGCCAUUAAAAUGCAUUUUAGCUAAGAAAAAACUGCUUGUAUAAACAAUUUCUCGGCAUGAAGUGUUUAGCAAGCGUCGAUUUACUCUUAGGUCAAUGUAAGUUAAAAUUUCGCAAUUCUCGUCGGCCAGAAUUUGAUUCAGGCUGACGACUAUUUUAACUACAAAAUAAAAACUGUAAAUUCCAAAAACACCACGCGCCUCCAUCGUAACGAUUUCAAACCGAUAGCAAACGGGGGGAAAUCUCAAGAAACAAAAAUAAAAAAUAAUUUUACCUGGUAGGCACCAUAGCCGACAAGUUGGCACAAAGAACACUGUUCGUAAUUGCACAAUGGUCGAAUCUUGUAAUGUUGUGACCAAGAAAAGCAAUCGUUCGUACGAUUAGUAUCAGUGGAAAUGCAUACUAAAACCAAACCGUUUAACCAAGACCAUAGAGAGUAUUAUUACUCGUCCUAGGCUGUAUUCGAGAGUAGAUGUUCUAGAGCUUCAUCUAAAGUAACUCCUAUAAUCUUGAGCUAUCGUUACUUGUUAAAAUAUAUUGUAAAAGCCAGGAUAUAAGCACGUAAUAUUCAGUUUUGUAUAUAUAGAAAUAGGUCGCUAAAUAAAGAUGCAUAUACCACUAGUAAA